AUGCUAUCAUUACGUGAUCAGAUAUCCUUCAGCUUCCGGACUUGUAAGGCAGGGCAGCUUGUGCACCAGUCAGCAGAACGCAAUGAUUUCUUGACAUUCCUCCUGACAUCAGAAGGGAAAGUUCGUCUCAAGGUGAAGAGGAACUCGGAAGAACUUUCUUAUGAUAUUGGAGUGAGAUCAUACUUGGACAAUAGAUGGCAUACUGUUGUGCUGCAGUAUCUCUUGGGUGACCUGAUCUUGAGUGUUGAUAAUCUCACAGCAGUGAUUGCAAAUUCAACUGCGAAUCAUGAAAUACUGGAAGAACGUUCAAGCAAUUCUUUGGGUCAAAUACGCAGUGUGCUGAUUGGGAAUGGAUUUGUGGGAUGCAUGCAAGAGGGUGCAAACCUGGUCUUGAGUUCCACUCAGGCACAUUAUAGGAAUGUGCAAUGGGGAAGGUGUCCCCUUCCAAAUAUGAGACGAUGUGAUGGAUAUUCUAUAGAUCCAUGCUUUCACCAACCUUGUCAAAAAGAUGGAAAAUGUUUGAAAACUGGAGAUGGAGAAUAUGCUUGCAUUUGCUCACAGAGGUUCACAGGACGUAAUUGUGAAGUUGAUACAGGCCCCUUGUGUGACAGACCAGAAUAUCGAUGUGAGAAUGGUGGAAUCUGUCAUGAAGUUGCUAGUGGAAAUUCUACACACUGCACCUGUCUGUCUGGAUUUUAUGGUGAAUUCUGCGAGCAAUCCAUUGGUGCUUCAUCAUGUACCAGCAAUCCUUGUGAGAAUGGUGGAACCUGCCACAGUGUUUCAGAUAAUGGAAGGGAAUGCUACUGUGUAGCAGGUUUUACUGGAGAAUUCUGUGAAGUGAACAUCAAUGACUGUGCUUCCAAUCCAUGCCAAAAUAAUGGCAUUUGUAUUGAUGGUUCAGGGAGCUUCUCAUGCACUUGUCAAAACACUGGCUACCGAGGAAUUACUUGUGAAGAAAACAUAGAUGAAUGUGCAGAAUCAGCUCCAUGUGAAAAUGGAGGAACUUGCUACGACACACAUGGAAGCUACCUGUGCCAUUGCAGUCCAGGCUAUGUGGGGAAAAAUUGCGAAGUUGAGCUGGAUGAAUGCAUCUCUAACCCCUGUCACAAUGGAGGAACUUGCAGAGACCUCCUCAAUCUCUAUCAGUGCUUGUGCCCAUCUGGCUUUGAAGGAGUGAAUUGUGAGACCAAUCGAGAUGAUUGCUUCAAUGUUUCUUGCCCACCAAAUAGCAUAUGUCAGGAUGGGAUGAACAGCCACACUUGUAUCUGUCGUCCUGGCUACACAGGUGCCCCACCUUUGUGCAGGGAACUGAAUGAAUGCACAACACAACCAUGUCAAAAUGGAGCUACUUGUAGUGACCUCAUCAAUGGAUUUGCAUGUAUCUGUGUCCCUGGAUUUACUGGACAGUAUUGUGAGAGAAACAUUGAUGACUGUGAAUCUUCCCAGUGUGAAAAUGGGGCAGCCUGCAUUGAUGGAAUAGGAAAUUACACAUGCCAAUGUCUCCGUGGGUUUGAAGGUCGCCACUGUGAAGUGGACAUCAAUGAGUGUGCUUCUCACCCUUGUAUAUAUGCUGAAGGCUGUAUUGACUUGCCUGGAAGUUACCGGUGCAAUUGUCAGCCUGGCUGGACUGGGAGGAACUGUGACAGUAACAUUGAUGAUUGUAAUCUUUGUGAAAUUGAAAUAGAUGACUGUGUUGGGAAUCCCUGUGCUAAUGGAGGGACUUGUGUUGACCUGGUGAAUGGAUAUCGCUGUAGUUGUACUCCAGAAUAUAUGGGGAAAAAUUGCACUGAUACAUACAAUGCUUGUGCAGACUCACCAUGCCAGAAUGGUGGCUCUUGCAUCACUACUCCAGAAGUUAUUCCUGGGUACUACUGUGAAUGUGUAAAUGGGUUUGAAGGACUGGCCUGUGAAAACAACAUUGAUGAUUGCUUCAAUGUUGUGUGCCCUCAUGGAAAAGUGUGCUUUGACCUCAUUGGGAAUUAUGAGUGCCGUUGUCCUGCUGGAUUUACUGGAGAACAGUGUGAUAUCAACAUAGAUGAAUGCAUAAGUAGUCCAUGUCAAAAUAAUGGCACUUGCAUGGAUGAUGUUGCUGGUUACAACUGCCUCUGUCAACCUGGCUAUACUGGGAAAGAUUGUGAUGUGAACAUAAAUGAGUGUGAAUCUAAUCCAUGUAAGAACAAUGGGACAUGCAUUGAUGAGAUAGCAAAAUUCUCAUGUGCUUGUCAGCCUGGUUUCACAAGUAGCCUAUGUGAAGUCAACAUAGAUGAAUGCCAGUCAUCCCCUUGCAUGAAUGGUGGCUCCUGUGUGGAUGGCAUCAACUGGUACAACUGUGACUGCACUGAGACUGGCUUUGUUGGUGUCCAUUGUGAGCAGAACAUAGAUGAUUGCAUCAAUGCCACAUGUGUCAAUGGUGGCACUUGUGUUGAUGGCAUCAAGGAUUAUUCUUGUCAGUGCUUCUCUGGUUAUGGUGGGAAGAAUUGUGAAGUUGACAUCAACGAAUGCCAAUCCCAUCCCUGCAUGCAUGAAGGAAUGUGUCUUGAGCGCUCCAAUAUGUCACUCUAUGAAAAUAAUUUUCGUGGGGAAUUCCCAAACUUCAGUUAUGCUUCAGCUGGAGGAUACAUCUGUUUGUGUCCUCCAGGCUUCACUGGGAACAAUUGUGAAGUGAACAUUGAUGAGUGUGCAUCAAAUCCAUGUACUCAUGGGACUUGCAUAGAUGGGAUCAACAGCUACCAAUGUUCUUGCUUUCCUGGAUAUGAAGGAGUAUACUGUGAAACUGAAAUUGAUGAAUGUGAAGAAUACAGUCCAUGUGUCAGGGGAGAAUGUGUUGAUGCUGUGGCUGACUAUACCUGUAUCUGUCCUCAAGGCUAUGGUGGCAAGAAUUGCUCUGUUGAAUUGCUAGGAUGUCAAGAAGUUGUUUGUCAGAAUGGUGGGACUUGUAUCCCAUAUGUUGAGGGAGAAAUGAUACAUAAGUUCAACUGUUCCUGUGCUGCUGGCUUCUAUGGGAAAUUCUGUGAUAUCUCAACAACAUUAUCCUUUGAUGGAGAGGCUUCAUAUCUCACUCUAUACUCAGAUAGAGCUGCUGGAUAUGACCUGAGGAUGCGUUUUCGGACAACUUUACCAAAUUGCUUGCUAGCAAUGGGGCAAGGAGAGACCUAUUUUCGCCUUGUCCUGCAUGAAGGUCGACUGAAUCUUCAUUCCAGCCUGCUAAACAAACUUGAAGGAGUCUUUGUGGGAGAAAAACUCAACAAUGGGAAAUGGCAGGGAGUGGGGCUGAAAUUCAAUGAGUCUCGGAUUGUGCUGAGAAGCUUCAAUGAGAAUGGGACGUCAGAGAACAUCCAUCCUUCAAAUCCACCUAUUGAAUCCUCAGAUCCAUCAACAGAGUCUCGCUUCAACAUGACUCUAAUUGGUGGAUCUAGUCCUGGGCUUCGCAGUCUUGCCAAGAACUUAUCAUUCACUGGAUGCAUCCAAGAUAUUGUACUCAAUGAAGAGAGGAUCUUGCCAGACUCACUAAAUAAUGAUUGGAUGGUGAAUACAAAAGUUGGCUGCUCUCGUGUCCCACAGUGCAGCCCGAGUCCAUGCUUUCAUGAUGGGAAAUGCCUUGAUUUGUGGAAUAAUUUUGAGUGUCAAUGUAAAAGACCUCAUCUUGGAAGAACAUGCAACAUCAGUUAUGCACCUGCAACUUUUGGACAUGAGAAUGUCACUGACUCCAUUGUGGAGGCCCUUGUUUCAAAUGCUCUAAAGCAGACAUAUUCAAAAUAUGUGGAUAUAUCAUUCUUCAUACGUACUCGUUCACCAAAUGGUCUUCUCUUCUACAUUGGAACCAACCCUGACCUGGCCCUCACAAGUGACAUUUCUCAUGUGGUGUUGGAGAUGGAGGAUGGAUUCCUCUAUGUCCGUGUUCAGCUUAAUCCAAAUGAAACCCGAUUCAAAGUAGAAGGUCUCAAGCUGGACGAUGGUGAAGUUCGACUCAUUCAGGCUUUGAGGCAGAACACCACAGUGCAAGUAUGGAUCAAUGGUACAAGAUUCCUCACCCAAAGGAUCAGUGUCGCUAGGGAACUUUACACUGAUGUCAUUUACAUAGGCAACAUGCCUAGACGAACUCGAAGGCAGACCGGUAUUCCUGCUGGAGUGCCAUAUUUCAAGGGUGUCAUCCAGGACAUUGAGAUCAGCAAUGGCAGAGAUACAAGAAUCAUUGAAAUAUUUCCUCUGCAAGAAAUAGAAGCAGACUUGAUCCUUCCUCCCAGGAUAAAUGUCACUAAUGUAACUGGCAUCCUUCAAGGAAUUGUCAGUGAUAACACAUGCAAGAUAGAUCCUUGCUUCAAUGGUGGAACAUGUCAAGUGACUUUCAAUGAUUUUGUGUGUGCUUGUCCUCCUGAGUUUAAAGGGAAGACCUGUUCUGAUCUGAAGUACUGCAGCUUGAAAAAUACUACUACAUGUCCUGAAGGCUCUGACUGCCAAGACUUGGAGGAUGGAUUUGAAUGCUUAACCAAUGCCACCUUCAAUGGAUACAACAGUUCCACAUCAUACAAGUUGACAGGGCCAUCAGAUGCCAGGAGAGGAGAUGUUAUUGAAUGCCACUUCCGAACACAAACUGGAGGGCCCAUCAUCCACAUAGAGAACAAGGACCAUUUUCUUGCUCUAGGGGUUUCCAGGAACAUGUUGAACCUUGUCUGGGGAACUGUCUUGGGUGGGAGCAUCAGUAGCCUUCAUAAGGCUGACUUCCAGUCUGGAUCGGGAGUGAUGGACGGCUCUUGGCAUAAGGUCGUGUUGUCUGUUGAUGACAAUCUUCAUCUCACUGCCUCUGUGGAUGAUGGUGACCAGCAACUUGUGUCUGGUACAGUCUUUGACGUUGGGAUCUGGCAUAUGGCAUCAACUGGAUUGGUCACACUUGGAGCUGCCCAUGGAUCAGGGCUGAAUGAUUCAGAUACUCGAAAUUUGUAUGAUAUAGACAACAGCUUAUCCUCAGAAACUGUGAAUCUUCAUGCUCCUGAUACUCAUAUGGAUCCACAUUUCCGAGGAUGCAUUGGUGUAGUCCGAGUUGGAGGUGUUUUACUGUCUUUUGUGCCUGAGUCAGACAUGGGCUUCAAUCCAGUUCAUCUGAAGUUUUCCAUUGUUGAACCUGUUCAUUUUGUUGACACUGGAAUCUGUCAGCUGUGCUAUGAUGCAGAAUGUCAACAUGGGGCUGUGUGUGAAGAUAAGUUGGCAAGCUAUAAUUGCCUGUGCCCACCAGGAUUUCAAGGGAAACUCUGUGAAAUCAACAUAGAUGAGUGCUUGGAGAAUAAAUGUGCCCAUGGUCACUGCUUGGAUGAGAUUGCUAACUAUACCUGCACCUGUGACCCUGGAUAUACUGGAUGGCUGUGCAAUGUGGAAAUUGAUGAGUGUGAAUCACAUCCAUGUCAAAAUGGUGGCACUUGCAUGGACCUUCUCAAUGAUUACAAUUGCUCAUGCUCAGAUGAUUAUACUGGUAAAGACUGCACUAAACUCCGCAUCAUAACUUGUAGUCAUGAGCCUUGCAAAAAUGGAGCAACAUGCAUUGAUAAGUUUGAGGGAUGGUCAGGGAACAAAUGUCAGGAUGACAUUGAUGAAUGUUUGGAAAGGAGAGCAGUGUGUGUAAAUGGUGCCACCUGUGAGAACCUACCUGGUUCCUAUGUUUGCCUUUGCCUUGAGGGAUUCUGUGGGGCUACAUGUGAGCUAGAAAAUCCUUGUAAGAAUGACACAUGUCAAAAUGGUGGAGUUUGCAUCCCAGAAUGUAAUGAAAGUGAUGGCAAAUCCAAUUAUGAGUGUGAGUGUGUUGCUGGAUUUGUUGGCAAAAACUGCACCACUGAACUCUCAUCUGCUGAUCCUGGGCAAAUAGCACUGAUAGUUGCUCCAAUUUUGGCUGGGAUCCUGCUAAUAGCAGCAGGUGCUUUCAUUGCAUUCCUGGUAAUGGCCAAGAAGAAGCGAGCUACACGUGGUACAUAUUCACCAUCUCGUCAAGAAAUUUUUGGGUCUAGAGUGGAGAUGGGAAAUGUCAUGAAACCCCCACCUGAGGAGAGGCUCAUCUAAACUGUAACACAUGACAUGUAUAAGCUGUCUUUUUUUCAUUCAGCAUUUUUCAUUAUUUUUCAUAGCAUUUUCAACCUUCUGUCCUGUUACUUGUUUUCUUGGUACUUAUAUCUCAAUGAGAGUAGUAGCGUCAUUUACACACUUAAUACUCUGCUGUGUGAAUUGUGCUUUUACCUUUUGUCUCCCUCUACUUCUAUUCAUUUUUUUCCCCCUCCCAGCUGGUCUCUAAGUACCUCAAGAAACAUCUGCUCCUAUAGCCUUGUCAUGAACUUGCUUAGGCCUACUCCCUUUUCAAUUACCUCUUGCCUACUUGUUCUUACUUCUUGAUCUCAUGCCUUUGCACCACAGGAGUCGAACAAGUUAUUCUGUAGGAGCAAGAAGUAGCUCGUCUGUAGGCCAUCGCUCACUCUUGAACUUCACCACCUUGUUUUAAUGUUGUUUAGGCUUCCCAGAAGAUCUCAUUUUAUAUUGAUAAAUUUGGUACUGGGAAAGUUCUGUCCUUACAUUUUGAAGUGCCUGACCAUGUUAUGCCCUGCAGUGCUUGGGCAGACUGUCUUCCCUCUUGUGAAGGAAACCUUAUAUUUUUCAUGCCAUUUUUUCUCAAUUCACUUCUUGUCUAGUGUAUGCUGUCUUGUAUGUGCUGAAGCCUGCCCGUGCCAUUCCUCCCCUUGCCAGUGUGCAGUGAAGUGUCUUUUCCCAGACCUCAUUGUGAUCACUUGUAUGACAAGUAUGAUUGUGCACAGCCUGUGAUUGAACAUUUAGCCAUUCCAGUUGGUUUUUAUGUUGCCCAAUUCAGUGUAUGUUCUCAUGAACCACCUGGAUUUUUCAAUUGUGGAAACUGCUUAACUCUUCUUACUUUGCUGUUUCAUGUAUGGUCAUGAAUUUCCAUGACACUUCUGAAUGUCUUUAAUGGUUAAAUGGGCAUUUUCUAUGUAAGGCUUGAUGGGUGCAUGUGUGUGCAUGAUUGUGUACAGCCAUUUGCAGCGUAACAUUGGCAACGUGCAACAUGGCAUUCAAAUAUGCUUCUUGGAAGCUUUUACUAGCACAUGAUAAGCUGCCCAGGUUAUACAUUGUAACUUGUAUUCUGUAUGAUAUUUGAGAAAGAGGUUAUAUUUUAUGUUCCUGUUCCAUCCACUCUUGUCAAUAGUGAUAUAUCUGUGAGCAAGACAGCCUCAUACUGUCAUGAUUGACUUGAAUCCGUCCAACUAUAAAAUGCUACUUAACCCUUUAGAUGUGAUGACCCAAAGCUGGGGACAUACAGUUCCAAAACUCUCCCAAGAACCAAGUAAUUAUUGAUAAGAAUCAUGUUUGGCAGACAGGUUGCCCCAUGAGAUGUUAUUGAAUCAGAUGUGUAAUUAAUAGUGAGGAAUUAGGAUUAGUUCUCCCCAAUCACAACCCAUUGGUAUCUCUAAAUCAUUCCUUCUUGCAUCAAAAUUUUCAUUGCUGAAUUUGGAUGAUAUGCUGAAUAUAGCCUGGGCAUGACUUGCAACAUGAGCAAGUGCAUGGUUCCAAAGUUGGAAGCAGUGAUAGCUGAUGAAGGGCUUAAUGAUCCCCAAAACCAGUAGUUGCUCUCUCUGGUAGUGAGUAAAGAAGUUCAUUUUUCACUCUCUGCAGUGUGAACAGUGCCUUUCACAAGAUAAGAAGAAAACCUCUUUUGCACAUCUUGAUGAAAAUCUCCAGACUCUGACUACUUCUUUUUUUUUUUCACCAUUCUAGGAGUCUUCCAGAUUCUUGACAUUCUAGGCACCUCUAUAGCUAUAUGUGUACCUUGAAGCAAGAUUUUUUGCCUAGCCUGGAAUUAUAUAUUCUUUCACCUGAAGUUCCUUCUUUAUUUCUCUGUACCAUCCAUUUUAAUUAGUAUCAGUUUGGUUGUACAUCCUGCAAUCCCAUGCAGUUUAGUUUGCAAACAU